AUGAGGGUGACCACCGGAGGGCUAGGCGGUGCUGGACCUCUUGCAGAGAGGAGCGUCAAUAUCGCGCCACAAGUCUCGACGGGGAUGAAACCCACGGCGGGUAAAAAACGCAAGAGUGACGGAGCACCAACCAUCGACCCAGAUGAUAUCGAAUUACCUGAGGACAUGGAGAUUGUAAGUCUUGACUCUUACUAUUGCCUCACUGCGUCAUUGCCUGUAUCCCGAAAGUCGCGUGAUCCCCACAAGCAAGGUGGUGGUGGCCAUGUUAUGAAACUCAACGGGAGGGACAAGGGUUCCGGCGGCGACACGUACUUUGCCGCCGCCGGGUUUUUCAAACGUCGUCAACUGGCCGGAGUGAAGACUUGUCGACAAAAUAAAUCCAAACCCAACACCUCGACUUCCAAUUCAUCCACGAACACCGCCGGCGCCGCCGCCGCCGGCGCCAGAACCUCGUCCUCCUCCACCGGUAAAUCCAAAAGGGCAGAAAUCGCAGAGGUCGAAGCCGCCAAUGACGUUUCCCAGAUCAGACUCACGGGCGAGGACGACGACACCGUCCCCGUCAUGGACACGUGCGACGACGUCCGGGCCAAGAUCAACAAGUACCUCCGGGAGACGCCCCACGCCACGGGAGCCAGCGUCAUCGGCACGAUCAACCGUGCCCUCCCCGAGGGGAGCCGCAACCAGGCAUUCGGCCCAGACCCCUUUCCAGGUUCCUCGGCGCCAGCGGACCCCGCAAGGGGGCCGAGAGCAUGGUCUUUUACACGCCGCCUACGUGUUUUUCGAGAAGCUCCGACUGAAGCAGAACAGACCGAAAUCCCAGAAAGCGUCUGGACGUGGAAAAGGCCUGGGGACCCCGGGGGCAUCGACCUGGAAGAUUCCUCCAGGACCCGCGUCUGGGUUGGACCGGGCAUCCCGGACGUCUACGAGGACAAGUUCGGCAAGCUCCAAAUUAUGUGAGUAAAGCGAUGAGUCCGUGGUGUAUGGGUGUACCAAGAUACAAGUGCCGGCAUGGCGGAGCAAAGCUUCAAACCUGCGCGAGUAUCAGGGCCAGGCGAUGAAGAGUGGGGGGUUGAGGGAAAAAGGACAG